UGGGCAUUGUGUGUUUCUGGGGAUCUGAUGGUGCAACUUUAGGACGGCUGCGGUUUUGAAUCGACUGGAGACAGAAGCAGCUUUCAGCAGCGCGUGGAGGCGAAGGAUGAGCGUGCGUUCUGCCGGGAGAGGAGCGCUCUGAGGACAUGGCAAACGGAGGGGACCAGUUCGGCCUUGCAGAGCACCCGGACUCGGAGUGCGCGGACCCCCCAAAAGAGUCCACUAAGGACAGUCCCAGCUUCGCUUCAAAGGCGUCCAGCCAGCAGGGGAUGGAGGACAUCAAAGUGGUCCUUCAUGACAGGGACCUCUGGAGCAAGUUUGACCAAGUGGGAACUGAAAUGAUCAUCACCAAGGCUGGAAGGAGGAUGUUUCCAAGCUACAAGGUUAAAGUCACAGGACUCAACCCGAAGACCAAGUACAUCCUGCUCAUGGACAUCGUGCCCGGAGAUGAGCACCGCUACAAAUUCGCUGACAACAAAUGGUCCAUAACGGGGAAAGCCGAGCCCGCCAUGCCCGGCAGGCUCUACGUGCACCCGGACUCUCCUGCAACAGGCGCGCACUGGAGCCGCCAGCUGGUUUCCUUCCAGAAGCUCAAACUCACCAACAACCACCUGGACCCAUUCGGACACAUAAUACUCAACUCCAUGCACAAAUACCAGCCUCGGCUCCACAUCGUCAAGGCGGACGAAAACAACGGUUUUGGCUCCAAAAACACAGCUUUCUGCACCCACGUCUUUCCUGAAACGGCCUUUAUUGCAGUGACGUCCUAUCAAAACCACAAGAUCACUCAGCUGAAGAUAGAAAAUAAUCCUUUUGCUAAGGGUUUCAGAGGCAGCGACGACAACGAGCUGCAUCGCAUGGCCAAGCUUCAGGGUAAGGAUUACCCCGUCGUGCCUCGCAGCACCGUCCGUCAGAAAGCGUGCUCUGCUCCGAGUCCCUUCAGCGGGGACAGUCGGGGUCUGCGGGGCUCCCCUGAUGCUGUUGGGUCCCCCUACAGCUGUGGGAACAGCCUGAACGAUGGCAGCCCUCAGGAGCUGCUCAGCGCUCCACCAUCGCACUUCAGCCACCCUCAUCCACACCUGCAGGCCGGCCCGCAGCCGCAGGUCUACCCCUGCAGCAAGAGGAAAGCUGAAGAGAACUGCUCUUCAAGGAACCAUCAUCAUCUCUAUAAGAAACCCUUUACUGGUGGCUCGCCGAGUGAGGAUGACUCCUACUACCACCCCUCCUCCUACCCCCCUCCGCCUCCCCCUGGCUUAUCCAACCUCCCAGCUCUGGCUCUCACCGACUCCCCUUACAGCUCCGACCUGGGCCAGCGUCAGGCCUGCAUGUUUGCUGCCUCAGAUCCCAGAAUGGAUGAAUUUACCUGCGCGUCCUGGUCGUACACCUGUCCGCUUCCCACUGCCAUGACCCCCAUGGAACCCUACCCACCUUACACCCCUCACCCUCCCUACAGUUCCAGCCCUCAGGGAUCUCGGCUCAGUGCUUUAGCCCACCAGAGCUCUCCACCGCUGGGGGAGCACAUCGCUCCUCAUAACCCCUAUCAGACCCAGAGCUGCGGACCCCGAUCUCAGAGCUCCCAAAACCUUCAUGGCAGGCCGCUCGGCUCUCCUCUCCGGGAGUAUCCUCGAUACACCCCCAGCCUGUCACCACCCCUCUACCAGACGCUAGACACUCACACACACAUCAGGUGUGGAGUCCCAGAAUGGAGUGCCGCCUCCUAACUAAACCAG